AUGGAAUGGGUGGCAAAGAGUCAGUGGUUCAAUGUGGCACCAGCGCCUCUGCACCCUCCCAUGUCUUCCAGGCUACGUUUUAAAGAAACCAACCAAGAGCGUGAGGAACGUGUUGCAAGAGAAGAGCGAAAAGCAGCUCGCAAGAAAGCCAAACGUGGGCCAGACCUUCAAUUUGAUUACGAAAAUGACAUUGACGAACGGUAUUGGCGGUUGUCCGAACCGACAAUCUAUAGAACACCCAAUGAUGUCGGUGCGGCGUAUGACCAUAUGCGGGAAGAAUCAAGCUCUAAAGGCGAAAAGGAUGAGAGACGCCAGACACGAAAACCAGCUGGCUACACACAGAUCCAGAAGGAGCUCGAAGAAGCCAAAUUCCGCGCCAAACUAUUCGACGCUAUGGAGGAUGAUGAAAGAUUAGACUCCAUUGAAGCUCGGUUCAAUGAUUAUCGUGUUCCCGAAAGGUGGCAAUACCCUUCAACAUCCAACAGCGUCAAUGAGAAUCCGGAUUACAUGGAAGAAGAUGAAUACGCAGAAUGGGUCCGACGAGGAAUGUGGGAGCGACGUCAUAAGAAAGAGAUGGAGGAAGAAGAACGCCAACAACGUCUACGUGAGGAGCGCAAAGCCAAAGCUGAGAGAGAUCGACGAAGACAACGGCAAAGAGAGGACGAAGCCCGUCAGAAGGCGCGUGACCUGGCAUCCCAAGAAUUAAGCAAGGCCUUUGAUUCCUACCUCUCUGCCUGGGCAUCAUUAGCCAACAGGUCUUCGAAUCGACCCCUCAGGUUUGACGACAUCCCAUGGCCUAUGACCCCAAGUCCUCGCUCACCUGAACAAAUCACCAAAGAAGCUAUAUCGUCCUUCUUGCUGUCAGCAUCGCACUCUCCCAACCGACCACGAAAACAGCGAAUACGAGAUGCGCUAUUUUUGUAUCAUCCCGAUCGAUUCGAGAAAUGGGCUUCCAUGAUGGUAGAUCCUGAGCAAGGGACUAUGACACGCGAAGCCGCUGGUAGGGUGGUGCGGUUUCUGAAUUCGUUGGCCGAACAGUAA